AGGCAGGGAGGGGGUGGUGUCCCCAGCCGGUUUGGGGGGUGCGUUGCCCGGAGACGGAAAGUUUGGGAGCCGGAGCAGGCUCGGCUGCAGCCCCCGGGACGGGGUCCAGCGGGUGGCGGCCCUGGGGAUGGGGAAGGAGCAGGAGCUGCUGGAGGCGGCCCGCACCGGGCACCUCCCGGCGGUGGAGAAGCUGCUGUCCGGGAAGCGGCUCUCAUCAGGCUUCGGGGGCGGCGGCGGCGUCUCUGGGGGCGGCGGCGGCGGUGGCGGCGGCGGUGGCGGCCUCGGCUCUUCCAGCCACCCUCUCUCCAGUCUGCUCAGCAUGUGGAGAGGGCCAAAUGUGAACUGUGUUGACAGCACUGGCUACACACCCCUGCACCAUGCUGCUUUGAAUGGCCAUAAGGAUGUGGUCGAGGUUCUUCUGAGGAAUGACGCACUGACCAACGUGGCUGACUCUAAAGGCUGCUACCCACUGCAUUUGGCAGCUUGGAAAGGAGAUGCCCAGAUAGUGCGGUUGCUUAUCCAUCAAGGGCCUUCACACACCAGAGUCAAUGAACAGAAUGCUCUUGAGAUCAAAGAACUCAAAAAGUACGGCCCCUUUGACCCUUAUAUCAAUGCCAAGAACAAUGACAACGAGACAGCCCUGCAUUGUGCAGCGCAGUAUGGCCACACAGAGGUGGUGAAGGUGCUCUUAGAGGAGCUGACGGACCCCACCAUGCGCAACAACAAAUUCGAGACCCCUUUGGACCUGGCAGCACUGUACGGGCGACUGGAGGUGGUGAAAAUGCUCCUUAAUGCACACCCCAACCUCCUGAGCUGCAACACUAAGAAGCACACCCCUCUGCACUUGGCAGCAAGGAAUGGCCACAAAGCUGUGGUCCAGGUCCUCCUCGAUGCCGGCAUGGACAGCAACUACCAGACGGAGAUGGGCAGUGCUUUGCAUGAGGCUGCUUUGUUUGGCAAGACCGAUGUGGUGCAAAUCCUGCUGGCUGCAGGAAUUGACGUCAACAUAAAAGAUAACCGUGGACUGACUGCCCUAGACACUGUUCGGGAACUGCCUUCUCAAAAGAGCCAGCAGAUAGCAGCAUUAAUUGAAGAUCACAUGACAGGAAGAAGAAGUACAAAAGAAGUAGAUAAAACCCCCCCACCCCAGCCACCUCUCAUCUCCAGUAUGGACUCCAUAUCGCAGAAGUCUCAGGGUGACGUGGAGAAAGCAGUGACUGAACUGAUUAUCGAUUUUGACGCAAACGCUGAAGAAGAGGGACCCUACGAAGCCCUGUACAAUGCUGUCUCCUGCCAUUCGUUGGACAGCAUGGCCAGUGGGCGAUCAUCUGACCGAGACUCCGUGAACAAGGAGGCUGAGGCGACAGGAGUGAAACCUGCUGGAGUGAGGCCUAGGGAACGUCCACCGCCUCCAGCAAAGCCACCACCCGAUGAAGAGGAAGAAGACCGCAUAGAUAAGAAGUAUUUUCCCUUGACAGCUUCUGAGGCUCUGUCCAUGAGACCUAGGAUUCAGGGGGGUGCAGCCCUGGAAGAAGACGAACACCCUUAUGAACUGUUGUUAACAGCAGAGACAAAGAAAGUGGUGUCGGUAGAUGGAAAAACAAAAGACCACAGGCGGAGCAGCAGCAGCCGGAGCCAGGACUCUGCGGAGGGGCAGGACGGGCAGGUCCCAGAGCAGUUCUCAGGUCUCCUCCACGGCUCCUCCCCGGUGUGCGAGGUGGGGCAGGACCCUUUCCAGCUGCUCUCUACCGCUGGCCAGAGCCAUCCAGACGGGUCCCCCCAGCAGGGCGCCUGCCACAAGGCCAGCAUGCAGCUGGAGGAGACGGGUGUGCAUGCUCCUGGAGCCUCCCAGCCCAGUGCCCUGGACCAGAGCAAGAGAGUGGGCUACCUAGCAGGCCUGCCUACCACCAACAGCCGCUCGCGCCCUGAAACUUUGACUCACACAGCAUCUCCACACCCUGGUGGUGCUGAGGAAGGAGACCGGAGUGGGACCAGGAGCCGAGCCCCUCCCACCAGCAAACCCAAAGCUGAACUCAAACUCAGCCGCAGCUUGUCCAAGUCUGACUCUGAUCUCCUGACCUGCUCACCCACAGAGGACGCUACCAUGGGGAGCCGGAGCGAGUCCUUAUCCAACUGCAGCAUUGGGAAGAAGAGGCUGGAGAAGUCACCCUCCUUUGCCUCGGAGUGGGAUGAGAUUGAGAAAAUCAUGAGCUCUAUCGGAGAAGGGAUUGACUUUUCUCAGGAACGGCAGAAGAUCUCAGGUUCGCGGACGCUGGAGCAGAGUGUCGGGGAAUGGCUCGAGUCGAUUGGGCUGCAGCAGUAUGAGAGCAAGUUGCUUCUGAAUGGCUUUGACGAUGUCCGCUUCCUGGGGUCUAACGUGAUGGAAGAGCAGGACCUGCGGGACAUUGGCAUCAGCGACCCACAGCACCGGCGGAAGCUGCUCCAGGCCGCACGCUCCCUGCCCAAGGUGAAAGCUUUGGGCUAUGACGGGAACAGCCCCCCUUCGGUGCCCUCCUGGCUGGACUCCCUGGGGCUGCAGGACUACGUCCAUUCCUUCCUGUCAAGUGGUUACAGCUCCAUUGACACCGUGAAGAACCUCUGGGAGCUGGAGCUCGUCAACGUCCUGAAGGUCCAGCUGCUCGGCCAUCGCAAGCGCAUCAUCGCCUCCCUCGCAGACAGGCCGUACGAAGAGCCGCCGCAGAAGCCCCCCAGGUUCUCCCAGCUGAGGUGCCAAGAUUUGCUCUCCCAGACGUCAUCCCCGCUGAGCCAGAAUGAUUCUUGCACCGGGCGGUCGGCAGACCUGCUGCUACCUCCAGGGGACACAGGCAGAAGGCGUCAUGACAGUCUCCAUGACCCUGCGGCACCCUCCCGAGCAGAGCGCUUCAGGAUCCAGGAGGAGCACCGCGAGGCCAAGCUGACCCUGCGGCCCCCCAGUCUGGCAGCCCCCUACGCCCCAGUGCAGAGUUGGCAACACCAGCCAGAGAAACUCAUCUUCGAGUCCUGCGGUUAUGAAGCCAAUUACCUGGGCUCCAUGCUGAUCAAAGAUCUUCGAGGGACAGAAUCCACACAGGAUGCCUGUGCCAAGAUGCGGAAAUCCACCGAACACAUGAAGAAGAUCCCCACCAUUAUCCUGUCCAUCACAUACAAAGGUGUCAAGUUCAUUGAUGCCUCCAACAAGAACGUCAUCGCAGAGCAUGAGAUCCGGAACAUUUCCUGUGCCGCCCAGGACCCAGAGGACCUCUGUACCUUCGCCUACAUCACCAAGGACCUGCAGACCAGCCACCACUAUUGCCAUGUGUUCAGCACGGUGGAUGUGAACCUGACCUACGAGAUCAUCCUGACGCUGGGGCAGGCCUUUGAGGUGGCCUAUCAGUUGGCCCUGCAGGCCCAGAAGUCCAGGCCGAUGGGCGCCUCUGCAGCUGAGAUGAUUGAAACAAAAUCUUCCAAACCGGUGCCUAAGCCUCGGGUCGGCAUGAGGAAAUCCGCAGUGCCGCUGCCCCCCGAUAGUCGCUGUUGUUACUGUCACACCUGCUCCACUCACCGUCCUUCCUACCUACCGCUGCCGUCUGUUAGUACCGGAGUCAAGCUGGAACCACCUGACAUGGACCAAGAUGCCCAAUCCCAUGCCAGUGUCUCCUGGGUUGUGGACCCCAAACCAGACUCUAAGCGGAGCCUCAGCACCAAGUAUGAGACCACUAUCUUCUAAACAACCCACUCCCUGUCUCCACUAGUCUCACUGUGCCUUUGCCAUCCGAUCUUUCUGCUGUCCUCAACUCUCUCCUUCCAGCUGCUGAAGCCACGGCCCCGCCUGCACUGGGACCUGCUCCUCCCGGGCAGGCAGCAGCGUAGACGCUGUACCCUCGCAGCUCUCGCACCUACCACCACUGAACACUGUGAAUUCUCCCCCUUGGGCUGAGGACAGCUUGGGGGGGUGAGUUGCCUUUGAGGUGGGCACCAAGAGGGCUCCAGGGGCCUGUUGCACCCCAGAAGCCUCCACAGGCAGGCACUGUGAAUCCUGACGGGCAGGGUGGUCUCCAGCAGAAUCCCAGUGGCACUGAUAGCUCCCCGGGGUUGGGCUGGGCUCUGUGCGGCGCCCUCCUUCUGCCUGCUGUACUGAGCCACAGCUGGGCACCGCUGCCAAGAGCUGACUGUCCUCACCUCUCCUGAAACAACCAACCACUGUGACCACCCAGUGCCAGAAUCCCCAGCACUCUGCUCACAGCCGGCCUGCAGCCCCGCCCCGCUGUCCUCCACUGCUCUGAGGUGCUGGCCUCACUCUCAUGGCCAGGCCCUUGUGAGACCUUGAGCUCAGUGAUGUGGCUUGACCAGGGACAGACUGCUUUCUGUCAGGGCCCAAGAUAAUGCGCCAGGCCCUUGGGCCUGUGCUGACUGUCCCGCUUGGGGCUCUGGUAUCUGAACACUCACAGGCUGGCUCACACAGCAGGUGCCUCAGUCCUGAUGAGCCUUCCCCUCCAAGGAGCGAGGUGGCACGUGUGUGGGUGGCCCCUCGUAUCUUCGCCACGGAGUCUCAAGGCCUGGAAGCCUCGGGCCUGGCUCUGGAGUCUAGCUCACUGAGGAGGAAGGUCUUCCGAAGGACCAGCGAGGAGGCAGCCUGUGCCCUGCGUGCACGGCACACCUUCUUCCCUCACAGAACAGAGCCGCUGGAGGAUGGGCCCACACCGAGUGGCCUCCAUGUCCUCCAGGAGUUUUCUGACAUGCUUCACAGUGGGGGAUCGCAGAUAGUCCGCGCCGUCCAGUGCACCCCUGACUGCCUUCCUCAGCCUCCUGACUCCUCCGAGAGGAGAGGCCGUCCCCUCACAGCAGCUCAGCAGCUGGGAUGGUGGAGCUGAGUCUCUGAAGAGGCCCCGUGUUCUCCAGUGUGGGCAAAUCAGUUUGGAUGGCAGGAGACAGGAAGGAAGCGGUGCCGUAGGCAGCCGUGCACACGUAGCAGAGUCCACUAGGAAAGCCGGUCGGCCACGACAGUCAAAACCCAAGUUGAUAAAUGGGGUGGGUCCUGCGCACCCGCCCAUCCUUGUGCCUUCCUGAGCAGACUCGCUGAGCCAGAGGUGGCUGGGGGCUGCGGGCUGUGGGUGUCUGAGCAGGCGUGGAGGGCACCUGGGGAGGCUGUGAGGGAUCUUCUGUCCUGCUUUGUUUCCUUUCCAUUUCCUCCACCAUCCACAGGCCCCAUUGGUUAACCCUUUCCUCCCCCCAUUGUUUGCUUCUGCCAAGCUGAGCCACUGAGGAACCACACUGUGCUGCGGAAACAUAGACGUGGGGGCACAGGCUCCCACCGCCGCUGCCGCCGCCUCACCUGCAGCUUUGAAGACCCAGGCCUCACCUUCACCUGCAGGACGUCCUCUUGGCCACUUGGCCUGGGCAUCCCACCACCGCGUCUUGCAGAGUGAGCCCUGCCUUGGCUGCGGAGAAGCACUCCAGGCCGCUAGCAGAUGGGACUGGCAUUCCAGAGGGUCAAGAAAGUGACUUGUUCAGAACACAUUGUUUUUAAUAGAAAAAAAAAAUCUUUUUAUAAAAUGAACUUUUAACACUUGGCUCAAACCUCUAGGUCAUACUGCCAAUCUUUAGACAAAUGGCCAUUGGGCAGAGGACAGUCUGCACAGUCUCUGUCCUCAGGAUGGGAUCUGGGUGCAGGAUCUGGGUGGGUCUGAAGAGAAGGUGGUGGCCUGUGGGUGAGGGGAACAGAGCAGGCUCCGGCAGAAUUGAGUAGAGUGAGUCUGCUUUUCAAACCCAACCAUGUCAGCUGCUGCUCUUUAUGAACUGCCCAACUUCCUGUCCCCAUCAGAGGCUGGACACAGGCUUCUCGCAAGAACACAGCCUUAAAGGCACCUGGGCAAAACAAAGGUCUCUGGUCUGUUUCUGGGGUUCCUGAUGGGAAGGUUCAGUGGCCAAAUGAAGAUAAGUGUGCAGUUUCUGGUGCUGGGAAGUCUUAGCCAGUGCCAGAGUGCCAGGCCUCUCACCUGUCAGUGACUGGAGGACUGCCCUGGGCUGGCUGGCCGCAGGCUGGCGGGUGCCGUACUGCCUGUAGUGCGUCAAAGAACAGGAAAAGCAGCUUUGUUUGGGGCAUUAAUAUUUGGGGUAGGUCAGCUAAGGUUGCUACUUGCCAAUUUGUGAUUUGUCUAAUCAGCCUGUGUGACUGGGGCACAUUCUGAUUCUCUGAAUUAUUGGUUUGACAGUUACAUGCUCGGCUGCUGGGCUCAUCCCUGACCCCCGGUGUGGAAAAGGGUAUAUAAGGUGACAGUGCAUUUAUGCUCCCCAGCAUGGCCUCUGGGGCAGGCUGGCAUCCUGAUGCGCCACUGCUGCUUAAGCUUUCCCACUGGCUUGCUUUGCUUUUAAAAGUAACUUGGGUUGCAUUCUUCCUUCUGGACUAGAGUAGAAACGCAGGGGAAAGCCCUGUGGGGUUGAGAGGCAAAGCUGGCUCGGUUGCGUGCCCAGUUCCUCCCAUGGGCACUUUAGCAGGCUCCGAGCUUUCCUGGCAUGGGUCAUUCUGGUCCCAGGAUGAAUAGUCCAGGCUUCAGCAACACUCCUCUUUCCCAGCAAAGGCUGUGAAUUUAAAUUCUUUGUUGCUGUGUAUGUGCAGGCAUUGCUCUUGGGCACAUUCUCAACCCGUGCGGUUGGCCAGAAGUGGGGCUGUGUCUCUGGCUGGCUUGAAGCCGGGCCUUGUGAGUUUCUGUCUGCUGAGCACUCAACAGAGUGGGGCCUGGGACCCAGCUCCCUCUGCAGCAGAGGCAGACCCUCCUCCACUUCUCGGUACUAAAUGAAGACCUCAACACCUUGCAAUUUUACUUCAUUUCCUGCUCCUUUCAGGGGCUGUGAAGAUUCCCAUGAGCUCAUGCCGUACAGUACUCGGCCCCAACUUUCUUCCAGGGGUUGACCAGGAACCCUAAACCAUCCGGAAUAGACUGUGCUGCUGCUGUGCGUGUGGUGGCUCCCGUCUCUUCCUCCUGAGGGGCCAGGCCACGUCUAAGUGGGUCUCUGUCAGGGGUGGUAGGUCCGAAAGAAACUGCAGACACUACGAUGCACUCCUCAAGCUGUCUUUUGUGCUUAGAUCAUCCAUAGGUGUUUCUUCCGCUUGAAGCUGCUAUAUCUUUAUUUAUUCAGGGUAUUUUCAUAUUGGAAGCCUUGGCUAGUCUGCUCUGGCUCUAGGUUUUGUUUAGAGAUUGGUUUAUUUCUGAACAUUCAAGAAAGGAAAAUGACUGGGUCCUCCCUCCUUCCCUUCUUCCCACCCUCCCUCCCUCCCUUCCUCCCUCCCUCCCUCUCUUCCUCCCUCCCUCCCUCUCUUCCUCCCUUCCUUCCCUUUCCUCCCUUCCUUUCCUUCCUUCCCUUUCCUCCCUUCCUUUCCUUCCUUCCUUCUCCUCUGGGGCUGGUAGUCUCCCUUUCUUAGAAAGGUUAUUGUAACUUUAAGGACAGGCUUCAAGUGGGAAGGUCCCUGCUUUUGCACUUCUCCCAGUGCAGGUCACAUGAGGGGCAGACCCUGUCGCUGCAUUUCUGAACUGUGAAGGAGCCCAUUCAGGUGGGAGACUUCAGAUGGGCUCUGACAGACAGUACCUGUCCCGGCCACAGGCUCCUUGUCCACCUCUUCUCCCUUGCCCACCAGCUCCUCCUCGCAUAGGACCUUCCUGACAGGCUCUGCUUGUGCAGCGCUCCGUGUCCCUCCUGGGCCCUCCGGCGGCAGACACUAGUGGGAAUUCCAGAGGCGCUGGGGUUUGAGCAGGCAGCAGGCAGCGCUGCAGUCAUCGAGACGUUAGAAAACCAGUCUGAACGUGGUCUGUCUUUGAAUGCCCAGGCCGGCAGAAAGCAGCUCACAAGUGUUGUUGCUCAUGGCACGGCAAUGGACUGAGUUGUAAUAAAAAUGUUUGUUAUUUAAUCUUUGCCUCUGUAUUUUGAUACUUGAAUGACUUCCCCUUUUGUUUUACUGUACAUAUAAUUGUUAAUCUGUCUGAUUUUGUCUGAAUUAUAAAAUUUUGAGGUACCAAACAUAACCAAUCUGUGCAACAACAUAGACUGACCUCACUACCCACAAGAGAGUGUAAAUAUUCCCGGGCUUCCAGCUUUGGUUUUGUUAUUUUCAUAACUGUACAACUUAGAACAGACUGAAUUAAUAAAUGAGAAGCGACAUGAACCCAG